AGAUUAUGCACAAUUUGCGGCGAUACGGCCAUGGGUGUCAACUUUGACGCUCUGACCUGCGGCUCCUGUAAGGCGUUUUUCCGGCGCAACGCACCAAAAAACAUGGAAUUUAAAUGCAAUUUCAAUAAAGAUUGCAAAAUUGAUGUCAAAUCGCGAAAGUUUUGCAUUAAAUGCAGACUCAAUAAGUGUUACGCAAUGGGAAUGAAAAAAGAUUACAUACUGAACGACGAGGAGAGGCACAAGCGAUACGAAAAACUAAUGGGAAUUCCGCGCAAAAAGGGGACCAAAUGUACGAAAACACCCGAUAGUAGUCCCGAAAGUGACUACAGGGUGACCAACGCGUCGCCACCCGGAGCGUACCCUAUGGUAGAACAACCUGUAGUCAGAUUUAACAGUCAAUUGGCUAUAAAUAACGACAGCAAUACCGAUGGUGAAAAUGAGGAGAACCCGGAGCCUCAUCUAAUAUACCGGAUCUAUGCUAACCCUAUGGGACAAUUAAACAGACCGCGUAGACCUCUAACCGACUACGGGAACCAACUGAACGAGUUGGAGGGCAGACGAUUGACCGAGUUGUUAAACGCUAUGCACAUCUAUACGGAGACUGUGGUGCCGGUGACCGAGUUUGCUGUUAAAAAUAAUUAUGUAAUGGCGUCUCAGCUCGAUGCUAGAGUUUAUAGCUUGAUCAAAAUGGCAAAAAAUUUGACCGCGUUUAACGAACUGUGCGAGAAUGACCGAAAACACAAAUACCAUAGCGAUAAGUCUGGAUGUGUACAAUUAACUGCGAUCAUACUGUUUAAUCCUAAUAGACCUAACUUAAUAAACAAGCCAUUAAUUAAAUUACAGCAACGGAUAUACAUGUAUUUACUGCAACGGUAUCUACUAUUGAGGUACCGGACGGAUGGGGUGUCGGGCCUAAAGUACCGGAAACUAUUGGUCAUGAUAAAUCAGCUAGAACUAAAACUGGUGUCAAUUCAUGUUAUCAAAGGAGUGAGUGAGUGA